AAGUUGCUGACAAAUGUGACCGUUCGAGAUGGAGAGCCUGCAAGGUUUGAAUGCAUCAUAUCAGGUAAUCCGAGGCCUACUAUCACCUGGUUCCACAACCACAAGAUUAUCAAACCUUCCCCUGAGUUUCUGCAGUUUUAUGAUGAGUUUGAUAACACCUGCAGUCUUUCAAUCAGAGAAGUUUUCCCUGAAGAUGGCGGUAGGUACACCGUCGUCGCCAAAAAUGUUACUGGACUGGCUUCUUCU